CUCCCAGCAGUGCCACCCCUCCUGUGACCUACAGCCCUGGGUGGCAGGGACUGAGCCACUCACUUACUUGGGGGACUGGUCCAACGGCAUUCCACCUCCCAGGAUAAAACCUGGGGUGACCUGUAGGGAACUCUGCACACUCCUGUCAUAGGCAGGACUGCUCUCCCAGCCAUGCCUGGGCCCCCACUGGCUAUGGUAGUUUCCAGAACUCCCCCGGCCCAGGGUGGGGGCUGUCUCAGGAUCUUAACCCCCCUGCUGCUCCUGGCUUCUGCAGCCUCCUUCCAUGCUGCCGAGAUACCUGCACCCCCAGCCUGUGGGAAGCCCCAGCAGCUGAACCGGAUCGUGGGUGGUGAGGACAGCACCGAUGCCGAGUGGCCCUGGGUCGUGAGCAUCCAGAAGAAUGGGACCCACCACUGUGCGGGCUCCCUGCUCACCAGACGCUGGGUGGUCACCGCUGCCCACUGCUUCAAGGGCACUCUGAACAAGCCAUCCCAGUUCUCUGUGCUGCUGGGGGCCUGGCAGCUGGGGAACCCUGGCCCGAGGUCCCAGGAGGUGGGUAUCGCCUGGGUGCAGUCCCACCCCGUGUACUCCUGGGAAGAGGGCUCCCGUGCGGACAUCGCCCUGGUGCGCCUUGAGCACUCCAUCCACUUCUCUGAGCGAAUCCUGCCCAUCUGCCUGCCUGAUGCCUCCGUCCGUCUCUCUCCCAACAUGCGCUGCUGGAUUGCAGGCUGGGGGAGCAUCCAUGAUGGAGUGCCCCUGCCGCAUCCCCAGACCCUGCAGAAGCUGGAGGUUCCCAUCAUCAACUCAGAAGUCUGCAGCCGCCUGUACUGGCGGGGAGUGGGGCAGGGGGCCAUCACCGAGGAUAUGCUGUGUGCUGGCUACCUGGAGGGGCAGCGAGAUGCCUGUCUGGGUGACUCCGGGGGCCCCCUCAUGUGCCAGGUCGAGGGCACCUGGCUGCUGGCGGGCAUCAUCAGCUGGGGCGAGGGCUGUGCGGAGCGUGACCGGCCCGGCGUCUACAUCAGCCUGGCUGCCCACCGCUCCUGGGUGAUGCGGAUCGUGCAGGGAGUGCAGCUCCGCGGGCACUCGCAGGGGAGCGGGCCCGCUCGGGGCGCCGGGCUGUCCCGGGGCCGCGCGCGUUAGAGAUCUGGGGAGACGGGCGGCCGCGCGGCCCCGGCAGCCUGACCGUGCGCCCCUCCCGUGCGCCCUUCCCGCCGUUGUAAGUGAGCCACCUGCCUCGGGGGGGCGCCCGCGUGCCGGCACCACCCCCUCGGCUGCGAGGCUCCGCCCCGCCCGCGGGAGCGCCUUUGUUUUCUGUGUGUAUAUGUCCGUGCUGACGAUUUUUACAGUUAUUUGUAGCCCUGCCCGCAUAUCGUAUUUAUUACAAUUUCAAUAAAUUGUUUAUU